AUCACAUGACGCCUGGUCGGACGCAGCAGCAAAACUCCAAAACCUCACUAACCGUGGUUUCUCCUCUGGCUUAGGGUCAACAAAACUCAACUCCUGACACCUGCAGGUUAUAAAAGCAGACUGGGUCAACAGAGUCGCUGCAUAUGGAGGUAGAGGGGAUGGAAGAUGAAGGACCUUCGUCCCAGAGUGAACUUUCACAGAGUGAAGAUCUCCAGUCAGAACGACAGGCGUCCCUGCUUCUGGAGAGCUCAGCGCCAGUAGAGAAUGUGUUUGUGGAUAAGAAAGCGGUGGAUAAACUCACAGAGGGAUUACUGUCUCACUACCUACCAGAUCUGCAGAGCUCUAAACGAGCACUUCAAGAGCUCACACAAAAUCAGCUGAUAUUAUUAGACACACUGGACCAAGAGGUCACCAAGUUCAGAGAAUGUAAUGCCUUACCCGACCUCAAUUCACUGUUUAUGGAGGCGAAGGUUUACCACAAUAAACUGGUGAACAUAAGGAAAGAGAUGAUUAUGCUCCACGAAAAGACAACGAAACUAAAGAAAAGAGCUCUGAAGCUGCAGCAACAGAAGCAGAAGGAGGCGCUGGAGAAGGAGCAGCAGCGUGAGAAGGAGCUGGAGAGAGAAAGGCAGCUUAUUGCCAAACCUGCUAAAAGAACAUAGGAUCCCCACGUACCGUAUCCCUGCUGUAUUAAAGGACCAUACAGGUGCUUUUGCAUGUUUUGGCCUAUUUAUUACAUAUCAACUGUACAUCACAUUACUGCUGGCGGCCAUUUUCCAAAGCGCAAGUAUUUUAUUAGUGUUUUUUAAGAUAAUUUUUGGGGCAUUUUGCCUUUAUUUGACAGACAGCACAGUAGAGAUUCAGACAGGAACAGAGCAGGAGAGAUGAGACGCAGUCAAGACUUCCAACCAGUUCCCUACAGGGGUCUUUGUAGUCACAUGGUAUCCAUCUCAGGCUCCAACACACCACCAUUUGCAUUUUUUAAUAUGUUUCCCUUCCAUCCAGGCUGCCAUUGAAAUCUACUUGAAAUAUGCUUGAUACAUUUAAUCCACAAUACAGAACAUUAUGUCUUCUUUUUCAUUGUCCACCAUAAAACAUUGUUACAUAGUAAUGCAGUUGACAGUGCUCACUGAUGUGACAAGUUUGCUCUGAAUUAUUGCACAAUACCACAGUUUAGACAAUAAAGGUAGAUGAUUUUAUUGCUUUGUUGCCGCUCAUCGAAAACAGGUUUCAGCCGGUUUGAAGUGCGGGCCAGGCCACAUUCAUUGCAUUUGUGACAUUAGAAAUGGACUUCAGUCCAGGUUUACCACCUGUUUCCUCUUUGGUUCGUUUCCAACUGUAUUACAGCAAACACUGUGAAUGUCUGUAAUAUAAUUUCCUUAACUUAGAGGACAUGAGUUGUUAAUCUUGACUCAUGUUGUUUCUUGAAACGGAAACACAGUGGCUGUCCACAAUUUAAGAAGAAUCCAUUCAAAAAACCUUGAAGACAGUCAUAUGCUUUGGAAAAUGGUUCACUUCACAGACAGUGUAUGUGACUCUUAGUAAAGGGGCUAAAACCUGCAAAAACUGAUCCUUCUAUCUCUGAGAUUGCCAAGCUCACCACAAACCAAAGACAUGGACUAAAUCAUCAAAUGCUGGCACUUCCCACUAUCAACCUCUGAUGACACAAACACAAGCACUUCCCCGAGAGUGGAACAAAUGACUCAAAGACACUUUUGCAGUCAUCAGACAAUGACCAGGAGGAGAAUUGGUGCGUUUGCUGUCUUUUCUUAAAGUGUUAAUAUAUGUUGUUCCUGGGCUUCAUGCCCUGUUAAUGUUGAAUGUUAUAAAACAGGUAUGUUGUUUAAAAUCAAAAAAUUGUCUGCACUAAAUUUGACUGACUGUAUUUCUGGGGUCCAGAUAAUAUGAUAAUUGAUGAUAAUAUGCACCAAACUUUGCCCCCACCAUACACAGCAUCUGUAAAUUUGUGUAACAGACCUUUCAAGAGGCCUCUAUGCACUACCUAUGCCUGGAACCCCACUGUUUGUACUAUUAAUAAUA